AUGAGCAAAUGGCAUAAGUCUACAGGCAUCUUCCGAAGCCCUCCACUAAAAGAUCCACUAAGGCCCAACAGCCUCCCAGCAGUUACUGUACACGAGAAACGAGACGUACUAGUCCGCAAUCUUCUCCAGAACUCGGCAGAGGCAGGAGACAUACCUCUGGACUCCCCAGCAGUGCCUCCCACUAGUCUCUACUUCCCAGAUAUAUCGAUGCUACAAGUGGAGGAGUCAGUACUUCAGGCAGGAAACACAGCCCCUGGCGCAGAUGAAAUCCCAACCUGCAUACUCAAAGUAGCAUGGCCUCUGAUCAAAGAUAAGACUAAUCGCUCUCCUAUCA